UUCCUGGAAUGUGAGAGAGAGAGCGAGAGAGAGAGCGAGAGAGAGAGAGAGAGAGAGAGAGAGAGAGAGAGAGGGGCGUCAGGAUCGGACCUCACAGCUGUACAACAGCAGGAAUAUGGACGUUUUUUGGAUUUAUUUGGGGGACUAACGUUUGAUCUGUAGCAGGAGCGCCUUUACCGCGGUGAGCAAGAGGAGGAGCGUUGGAGUCUUCAUCAGUCAGGUGUUCUCCGGACGUAAGGACAUGGACUCCCUGAAGAAGGAGCUGGAGGAGGAACUAAAACUCAGCACUGAUGACAUCAGGAGUCACGCCUGGUAUCACGGCCAGUUACAGAGAGAGGAAACAGAGGAGCUGUUGCAGGACGAAGGGGACUUCCUGGUGCGGGACUCUCGCUCGAGCAACGGCAACUUCGUCCUGAGCUGCAUGUGGAAAAAGCAGCUGAUGCACUUUAAAAUCAUCCGUGUGGUCCUCCGGCCCAAGCAGGGUUACUCCAGGGUGCUGUUCCAGUUCGAGAACGACCAGUUUGAUAACAUUCCUGCGUUAGUGCGCUUCCAUGUUGGUGGGCAUCAGCCAAUAUCCAACUCGUCUGGAGCGGUCAUCUCUCAGCCGGUCAACCGCACCGUUCCUCUCAGGGUCAUAAAGGAGCGCCAGACACUGAAAUCAACAAGUGCAAACUCCACGGGAACACUCCAGCGAACAGGGGGAAGUGGCAAGAGGCGGAGCUUGAGCUCCACCCACACGGACACACUGCAGGUCAACAGCAACAACCUGCUCAGAAGUGGGAGUCAACCAGCUAACCUGGAGAUCGUCGGAAGACCAUCGCUACAGUCAGCGCAAUCAGACAGCAACCUGCGUCCAGCUGUACCUCAAAGCACUCCACUGAAGGACUCCGUCAUCCCCAGCUCCCCCGUGUUCCGUACGGGCAGCGACCCUUUACUCAGCCCUAACUCCGUCCAGUUGCGCAGCCCUGGCCGGUCGUCCACGGGCGGAUGCACGCUUCGGGGCUCCGAUGGACAGCUGCACUCUCGAGCUCCACCUAAACCUCUCCGGGUCUCCGCUUUGUUCCCAGGGAUGGCACCAAUCACUCCGAGGAUCGAGGUCGACCCCUCAUCACUGUACGAUGAGCUUGUGCCUCAGAUACCAGUAUCCAUGCGACCUAAAGGUCCGGCAGCGCGUAUCCGUGCUCAGGAGAAAUGGGCCAGCAGGGCGCGCCUCACCGAGACCAGCUUUGCCUUCCUGGAGGCGCAGCGUGCUGAGGAGGAGCAAGAGAGGCAUAUGGGGAAAGUAAGGAGAGAGAGCGUCCCGGAGACGACUGGAAUACAGGAUGACUGCGACUGGCGUUUUAUUCGUCCUGAGACGGAGGCGACCUCGUGUUUCCGCCUCAACGCGUUCCGGUCACUUCUGCUUCCCGACAACAAUCGUCCACUGGAGCAAAGCGUGCUGCACAAAAUCAAAGAACUGUUCGCGAACACUGACCCAACAACGACGGCACUGCACAUGCUCAGUGUGGACUGUCAGGUGGCACGCUUGAUAGGGGUGACAGAGGAGCAGAAGAGGAUGAUGGGGGUGAAUUCCGGACUGGAGCUGAUCACCCUGCCACAUGGUAGCCAGCUCAGACAGGACCUGCUUGAGAGACAUCACCUGAUAGCGUUAGGCGUGGCCGUGGAUGUUCUGGGCUGUACGGGGACAGUGAAUCAGAGGGCGGUGGUUCUACAUAAGGUCAUCCAGCUUGCUCAGGCGCUGCGCACCGCCGCCCGGGACCUCUACGCCUUCAGCGCCGUCAUGAAAGCCCUCGAGAUGCCUCAGGUAGUUCGGUUGGAGAUGACGUGGCGAGUGUUGAGACGGAACCACACGGAGAGCGCGGUGACAUACGAGAAGACCCUCAAACCCUUCAUGAAGGCGCUCAACGAGGGGGACGAGUCGGUGAUCACUGGACCGCUCUCGCUGCCCCACCUGGUGCCGCUGUUGAGGCUAAUGGAGGGAGACGACGGUGUGGAAAACAGCGAGAGAGGCUGCCAUCUUCUCUACAACAUCCUACAGUCCUCACGCUACACUGCUAAUCACGCGAACGAGUACCAACAACAUGCGCACACGCUGCUCUCAGGCGGAUGGGAGCCGGUCCCCGAGCUGUUGGAGGCGUUCUGUAGCGAGUUUGCUCUGCGCUUGUUCUGGGGUCACGCCGGAGCCGAGCUGGGGCGAAAAGAACGCUACGAAAAAUUCCACCACAUCCUCACGCUGCUGUCACACAAACUGGAGCCGACACCCACCUCAGAACUCUGACCUCCGACCCUCGGAACUCUGACCUCUGAUUGGUCAACAUGUGAAAGCUUUUGUCUGAUUGGCUGAAAUGUAAGGAAAGCUUUGCUCUGAUUGGCUGAAAUGUAAGGAAAGCUUUUCUCUGAUUGGUCAACAUGUGAAAGCUUUUCUCUGAUUGGUCAACAUGUGAAAGCUUUUCUCUGAUUGGCUGAAAUGUGAGAAAAGCUUUCUAUGAUUGGCUGAAAUGUGAGGAAAGCUUUUCUCUGAUUGGCUGAAAUGUGAGGAAAGCUUUUCUCUGAUUGGCUGAAAUGUGAGAAAAGCUUUUCUCUGAUUGGCUGAAAUGUAAGGAAAGCUUUUCUCUGAUUGGUCAACAUGUGAAAGUUUUUCUCUGAUUGGCUGAAAUGUGAGGAAAGCUUUUCUCUGAUUGGCUGAAAUGUGAGGAAAGCAAAUGAGUAGAAAGCUGUUCCCUGAUUGGUCGAGAAGCUUUUUUCGGAUUGGCUAAAAUGCAAGUUCUCUGAUUGGCCGAAAUGUGUAGAAAGCUUUUCUCUGAUUGGUCGAAAUCUUUGGAAGGCCAUUAAUAAUAUGAAAGGAAUUAAUUGACCAAUUACAAUGAGGUCAGCUUGUUUUUUCAUUUUUAGAGGACAUAUUUCAUAAGAACAUAUUUCAGAUGUAAUGUAAAUACGUGUGUAUAUUUUCGCUUUGUUUAUUUGUGUGUAUAUUUGUUCAGGUGUAUAAAUGUAAGAAUCUCCGCCCUGUUUAUGUGAAUACUUCUUUAUAAAGUGGAUCACUGGAAAUACAAUUUAAACGUUUAAAUAAAAGAAAUAAGAUUUAAUAAUAAAAGAAUAAAA